CUUGCCUAGUAACAGCUCUGUUUUGGUACAACAAAAACGCCGCGAAAAAAAUUUGGACCGUGUGGAGCUGGAUUUCGUUUCCAAAUAUUUGACCAAAAAUUGAAAAAAUUGUGCUGUAUUUUGAAGAAGAAAAUAUGAGGAGAUUCUAGGAGUGUUUGUGAAUUUGUGAGGUGGAUUUUGCUGUGCAGACGAGGACGAAAUGUGCAGUUUGUGGACGUAAAUUUGUUGACAUUUUUAUGCUCGUGUGAUUGUCAGAUCGUACACUGUCGUGUCGAGUUCUGUCUCGCGUUCGCUGUGUGUCAACUGAAAGGAAUUUAAGCAGGAAGUUACGGCAAGCUUGGAAUGUUUGCAGUCGUUGUUGAUCUGUUUUGCUGUAAAUAUACCUCAGAUUGAGAUCACAACUGACUGAUUUUGCAGUCUGCAUUCUUGUGUUGUCACUGCCUACCUCCAAAAAUGAAAGUUUCGCGCCGCUAGGUCAGCUGUUUCCGUCGACUUGUCUGUGGUUUUAUCUGGAUUUCAGCAAGUUAUAAAAAGCCAGCAUGACUUUAGACAAACCUACGUUAUCUGGGCUUUGCUCUACAAUGACUAAUUGUACACAAAACUGUCAACACUAGAUACCAUCAUGAAAUCAACAUAAAUCACCUAGCUCACUUCAAAUUUUAAUUUUGGAAUCGCGCUUUAAACUGAAGUCUCCUUUUACUUUUAUAGGCCUAGGCAGCUAGAGCGCUGGCCUAUCUUACUUGACUUAUAACUAUGCUGUGAGGAUUUUUUUCUUUUGCAACAUGGCAAAAGUUCCACCCCCAACUUCGUUCAACUAUGCCGCAAAUAAAAGAGGACCGUCAACUUCUCUUAGUGGGAGUUCCUCCGAGGGCGAAAAUUCAGACCUUGAGGAGAUACCGCCCUCGCCCUGCAGUAGCACAUCAAGCGGUCCGAUAUACAUCCGGCCCGCUGGAUUCAACCACCAUGCGCAGGAAAUACAGGCCACGACAUUUCGAUCGAGCAGAUCGGUGAAAUUAAAAAAGAAAAUUAAGAAAAACACUGUGGUUGCUGACAACCCACUUUAUCAACAAGGAAUCCACGUGGGAAUUGAUAGAAACAAUAACUGUAAUAAUAACAAUGUCCGAACAGCCGUGCCACCGAACAAGAUCAAACAGAAGCCUAAAAAGGAUCCCUUGCCAAUGAAACUCCGAGCUUUGCCACAGUCGUUCUGGCAACAGCCCAACACAGUCAACACGGUACCUCCUGGCAGCAUGUAUACAGUCUUACCACCUGUCUCCAAGACCGACCAGCCUGUCUUGGGAGAUAUAACAGAUCCAAGACCAGUUACACCUCCAUCCGACUCUGACGAAAAAGACUCUAAACCAAUCGUAAAAGCUGAAAAAAUUGAAAGGACAAAAGGCACCGAGAAAUCUCAGUUACAAGAUACGAGAGAAGGUGCAGGGGAGACCGUCGCGACGGAAGUUGUCAAACCUAAGCAACCUAAGCCGCCUCCGAGGAGAAUAGUCAGGGUGUCAGCCAGUAGCUCCAACCUGCUCCUCAAGCUCUUCGAUGGGGUGGAAAAUGACAAGAAAAGUAACGUGAUCCCAACAGUAAAGAGAGGAAGACCGAAAAGAGAUAGUAGUCAUCCACAUCACAGCAAACACGUAGUAGGGGACGAUCCCUUUAUGAUAGACGCAGUUGCGGACGGCCUUCUUCCAUUGCUCAGUAUUGAAUCCAACCGACAGUGUAUAGGACCAUCGUCCCAUCUAUCUGUUGUGUCUGUGAAAGAUGGAGACAAGACGUUGACUCUGCCAUCUUUGAACAUUGAGCAGAACUAUCCAGCUAUGCUAUCGGAGCUCGUCAAAGCUUUAUGAGGAAUAGAAACCAGAUUAUAUUUGCUAGAAAAGACGUUCGUGACAAGAAGUUGACUCUGCCGUAUUUGAACAUCGAGCAGAACUAUCUAGCUAUGCUAUCGGAGCUCGUCAAAGCAUUAUGAGGAAUAGAAACCAGCUUUCAUAUUUGCCAGAAAAGAUGUUUGUGACAAGACGUUGACUCUGCCGUCUUUGAACAUCGAGCAGAACUAUCCAGCUAUGCUAUCGGAGCUCGUCAAAGCUUUAUGAGGAAUAGAAACCAGCUUUCAUAUUUGCCAGAAAAGAUGUUUGUGACAAGAAGUUGACUCUGCCGUCUUUGAACAUCGAGCAGAACUAUCUAGCCAUGCUAUCGGAGCUCGUCAAAGCUUUAUGAGAAAUAGAAACCAGCUUUCAUAUUUGCCAGAAAAGGCGUUCAUGACAAGAUGUUGACUCUGCCAUCUUUGAACAUCGAGCAGAACUAUCCAGCCAUUCUAUCGGAGCUCGUCAAAGCUUUAUGAGGAAUAGAAACCAAAUUUCAAUUUGCCAGAAGAGACAUUUGGAUUUGGAUCGCAGAUAAGUGCUUAAAGUUUUGAAUGUCUUUUGCUUGUGCUGUAUGAGUGGCUGAUGCGAAUUCUCAUACAUUAUGGAUGUGUGUAGACUUCUGUAGACACUUACACUGGAAAAUACAUGUAGGCCAGGUUUGCAAGUUUACAGAUUGUGUAGAGAUCUCUGUGAUUCUUACACAAGACAACACAUGCCGUCUAAUUUUGGACAUGUUUAUAUUUUGGGUUAUGUCUCAGUUUUGAAAAUUCUGAAAAUACAGUAUUGCAUUUCAAACCUGACUAACACACUCACACAAAAGGUGUUUUUUUUUAUGAAUAUAAAAAUUCUGUAGCAUUUGAAACGACCUCAACUAAAAUUGAUAUUUUCUUGCAUAAAUUAGAAGUGCUGCUGUCAUUUUUU